AUGCAGACACCUUCGCACGGGGCGCGUCCUUUCGGGACGCUCUCAUACAGUCAGCAGCGUAUCCAUGCGCUCAAGGCAGAGUUGCUCCGCUAUCGGACAGCGUACAGGAGGCUUCGGAGCUAUGUUUCUCGAAUCAACGAUUUGCUGGAACAACGCGAGAGAGCGCUAGCGUGUUCUUCACGUACAAGGCUCUUCCAAGCUAUCGAAGAAAAGGUCGUUUAUGGCCAGUAUCCUGACAAGGAAAAUCGGGACUUUUCGUAUCUGAAUACUUUGGAACCUGUCGCCCCGGUUCAGGUGGAAAAGGAGAGCCUGUUGCUCGAGGGUACGCCAGCCACUGCGUUCAGUGUGAGUCCCGUGUGCGCCCGAGCCCCCAGAGACGGCAGAGCAAUUAUGGGUGGAACGCUGGGCGGCGAUGUGCUCGAUUCCUGCAACCGAGCAUAUUCCGAACACGCAAGCUGCACCACAGUGGCUAAACCCGAGAGUGUCGACGAAAAUUCCGGUCAGACUGCAGGCUCUGUCCGAGCUGACGAUCUGGUGAGCCCGCCUCGUACAGGUGCUUCGCCACACACCGUGCAUAACCCUAUCACUGUUGCAGCGUCGAUUGAAAAUCCUGGAUUGCAGGAGGAGGUGCAUGAUUGCGCGCAAGCGAAUGCGGUAGCAAAAGCGCCUGAUUCGACGCAAGCACCCUCCGAACCGCCAUCGAAAAGCGGGAAACCCCCAACAGAACGGGCUCCGGCGAGGACACAACGACGACGACAACAACAACAAGAACGACGACGACGACGGCUGCCAGCUAUCUGUGUUGAAGAGGUUCCCAAUAUCUGGGCAGUGAAUCCGGAACACCCGCCAGGUGAUCGUCGAAGCCAAUCGAAUGCUCUGAUAAGCUGCCUGAAGCGUGUAUCUCGGAUGCUGGCCGGGGCGCUGGGCCCCUCGAGGCGCAUCUGCCAUCCAUCGUAUUCGAAAAUCUUCGCAUUAUGCGGCGUUUCCUUUGGUGCGGGCUUCCUCUCUGCGGUGUUGACCAUACAGCACGUAGAGUGCAGCUCUGGAAGCGCGCGGCGAAGCCCGCGUGCCUAA